AAAUAAUACAUUAUAAUGACCAAAGUUUAUCAUUAGUUCUAGUGCAAAACUUAUUUUGUACCAACACUGCUAAAACGUUGUACGUCCGCAGUAUGAUUUAUCCAUCGAGCAAGUAUUGUAAUUUGGCAAUAAUAUCUCGGAUGGUUCACAAGCCGAUUGCGCCCAUCCCUUGCAGCAAGACGUUUGUCUGGAUCCCACUUCCACUUUCAGUUUUUACAAGUCGCUCGCACAGGCAACACGCGUACCGCCUUACGCAACUCGCCGCGCCCGCAUGCGUCCGACUGGCACACUAAAAAAACAUUUAAAAUAUUCGAACGCAGAUAAAAAUUAUUUGCUUAUCUGUCGCGUGAAUCGUGUCAAAAUUCCGUUCCAGUUUUAAAUAAUUCGCGGUAUUUUCAAUUGUUUAUCAUUUGCGCGGGAUUUUCUUUUGUGUUUAUUUUAAUAUUUUUUUACGAAAUGGGCAAGAGGACUAAGUGCAAUAUUGUUGUGAAAAACUGUGAUGUGUUUGUUUCGUGAAGUGAGCGACAAAAAAGCAUCAUCUGUCGAAAAGGUGGAGGGCGACGCGAGUGCGAGGAGGCGGCAGGGUGCGCGUGCGGCGGCGCCCCGCCCGCGCCCCCCGCGCCGCUCGUGCACCACCCGCUCCGCGCUCUCGACCAGAUGCCGCCGCCUCUGCUCAGGUCGAAUCCCCUAUACACAGAGGAAGAAGAGCAAGAGGUAGUGAUAAUCGUGGACUCGCUGGACGAGGUGCCCGAGGGGGAAGCCCCGGAGCCGCCGCGCACGCCGCGGAGAGCUCCCUCCACAUCAUCAGGCUACGGCAGCGGCGGCGGCAGCCACGGCCGGGUGUCCCCCAACUUACCAAAGAGCGAUCAGUUCGAGGCGCCGGCCUGCCGGCUCUCCGACUCGGACAAGAACGAUGGAUCUCACACCACGUCGGACUCCGACGCCAGUCCCGUCUGCACCCUCAGCAGGAGCUUGAAGGAGGAUAUUAGGUCCUGUUUAGGAGUAUGCAGAUGGGAGAAAGAUGUAAACGAAGUAGUGGAGGCGGCAGUCCGCGGUGCGGGCGGGAUCAGUGCGGCGCGCGCGCGGCUGCACGCGGCGCUGCUGGCGCUGCACGAACCGCCGCCGCGCCUGCCCAACAGGGGCCCGUCCCUGCCUUACUGCGGCCCCGGCGUCAGGCCCGGGGAUGUCACCAUGAUGCCCAGAACACUGAAAUGUCGCUACUGGUGA